AAAACCUGAGUGCCAGGAGACUAGCAAGAAACAAACGCCGGAAACAGGACUUGGUCUGACGUGACGUGUAGCCAGGCUGUUCUUAUCUAUGUAUUGAUUUCAAAAGUGAUUGAUAUGCAAGUUAAGAUGUCUUGAGUUUUGUUGAUCUGUGCCUACUGACAGAGAACUUUCGUCAAUAAUGAGUCUAACUGACCAUCAGUUCAGCGAGGCGGACUCUAGACUCGUGGUGCACUCGGCGCCCAGCUCCAGAGGGGAUAGCAGCGUCUACGACAAGGUACAUUUCGAUUUUUACACCAAGACGUUGCACGACGCCCAUGACGCCUUGCUGCAAACACGAAGCGCACAUUUCAGGCGGCGUCCAGCAGAACAGGAGAAGGACAUUUGGAAACGGAAACCCCCAGACUUCCGGUACGUAGUCUACGACCCACACCCACCCAAGAGAAACACCGUCGACUCCAUGCAGCCCUGGAGAUACGGCACUAUACCAGGACAAAGGGAGAUCAUUAAAAGAGUUCGAAGUGAAGGUCACCUCCCACGUCUGCUGGAAGAUGACAGUAACGAUGAGGGGACACAAUUCAAGACAAGAUUUCGAUUCGAAAGACCUUUUACCGCCAAGAAAAAAUUCGUUGCCAGUGGAAGUAACAAGCCAGGAGAAUAUGAAAGUCCUAAGCCUCAUGACUUUAGAGGGUAUCCUCCAAUCAAAUCCCUGGGUCUCGAUGAAUUUGUCACAGACUACGAGAAAGAUCCCAAUGGAAUGAAGUUCAAGACCCAGAGAUUAAACCACAUUUUCGGCCUGCCGAACGAGCCCCCGGAAAGAGAUCUGGUGCCUGGAAGACAGAUGGGGAAACCAAUGUCCGGUAAGAAACACUGGGACCCACAGCUCGUUCUAGAAAAGGACGACUGGCCCAGAAAAAGCGCCGCAUUCACGCGACACCGGCGUCGACAUAGACAGGCGUACAGUGCAUUCAUGGAGAGGGUAGAGGACGCCCUGAACUCCGCCUGGACCCAGGAAAUGUUUUCCAAAGAAAUACUGUCACAAUGAACGAUGAAAAGACAGAAAGAUGUCAGGAAGAUGUCAGGAAGAUGUUAGAAAGAUGUCAUGAAUAGUUGAAUAGACAGUGUCAGAAGAAAAAAACAUGAGGAUCUAUAAGAAUUUAAAUUAAAUAAAGGCCUGGCAGGACAUUGUUAGCGUCUGACGAGAAAAACUUUAAAUCAAGAAUUGUAUUAUAAAUCUGUCGUGAUUAUUUCCUGAUUAUUUCCAAAUUAUUUACGAAAUAAUGUCAUUCGAGCAAAAGUUCUUUUGUUCACAAUAAACUUGUUUGACAUAGAUCGUAGAUUUUUCAAAACAUUGCUCUCUCUCUCUCUCUCUCUUUCUCUCUCUCUCUGUGUGUUUCUCUCUGUUUCUUUCUCUCUCUUUCUGUCCUGCCUGGCCCUGUGGUAUGUGCACUGGACCGUCGUUCAGAUGGUCUCGUUAGUCCGCUGCCCGCUGCCAUCCCCCGCCGUCCUGCGGGAGGUUGGGACUAAAAUGAAAUUACCUUUCAACCUGAAACAUGUAAAAGAUUUUUAAAUACAAAAAAACAUUCUCUAUCUGUUCUUUCUCCUUUCUCUUUCUCUUCCCUUUCUCUCUCCUUGCUCGUUCUCUCUGGCCCGCCCCCCCCCCAUUAGUUCUUUCUCACUCUUUCUCCCCCUCCCUCUCUCUCUCUCUGAUUCUCUCUCUCUCUCUCUCUUAUUUGACCUAAGACUUGCUCCUUUUAAGAUUAUGAAAUCAAUCAAACAAAAGUCUUCUUUUUUGAAGUAACGUCUGUAUUAUAUAAGAUAAGAUAAGAUAUUGGAGUGUUUCGAAGACUGAAGUUUACGAGGGAAGUAGAAUGCACAUUGCAUGAAACUAGCAUGCUGUCUCAACACGCUGUCUCAACACGCUGUCUCAACAUGCUGUCUCAACAUGCUGUCUCAAAAUGCUUUCUUAACAUGCUGCUGUCUCGUCAUGCUGCUCAACAUGCUGUCUCGUUAUGCUGUUCAACAUGCUGCUCAACAUGCUGUCUCAACACUCUGUCUCAUCAUGCUGUCUUAACAUGCGAACUGUCUGUACCUUGUUCAUGUAAUUACAAUUUUAUUUAUUUUAUUUCUGUCUUAAAUUGUGCAAAAUAAAAAAUUUCUCUUGCAAAAAAAAAAAUGUGUCGCAGAGUAUUUUAUUAAGUCCAUUUAAAUGACGAUU